AUGGGAUUUGUCGUUGUUCCUGCCACCCUUCCUGACAUCCGGGCCAUCUACGAUGCCUGGUUCGCCGCCUUCAAAGGCCAAGUGAUUCUCGAUCUCAUCUACCCUGGCAGUGAUGUCGAUGAUGAAUCUUUCCGUAAAGUACAUGCCGAGGGUACUUUGGGAUAUUGGCAAGGCUUGAGCAUGGAGCAUACCUUCCAAUGCAUUGAUACCGACACUGGUCGCGUCGCUGGCAUGGCGACCUGGCAGGUCUACUGGCGCGAGCGGACUGAUGCUGAACGAAUCAAGCCUUGGAUUGGGUGGCUUGAGGGAGACCAGCGCAAGCGUGCUGAAGGGUUUCUGGAGCAGCUUUGGGAGAAGAGAGAAAAAUAUGUGGGACCAAAGAAGCAUGUUUAUUGCCAUACAGUUGCAGUACAUCCAGACUAUCAGGGUCGUGGAGUUGGAAAGCAGCUUAUGCAAUGGGGUCUCGAAGCAUCAGACAAGUUGAAUGUUCCAAUCUAUCUGGAAUCUACCGUGGAAGGUGUUCCUUUGUAUAACAAGCUUGGCUUCCAGACGUUGGCGGAACCCAUUAUCUUCAAGCCGGAAAUUACUGGACGUGAAAAAGAAAUUCAAGCGCCAUUGAUGGUGAAGAUGCCCAAGGGUGCGGGCAACGCAACAUUUGAGCAAUGGGCCGAGGGCGAAUCCUCCACGGCGUGA